AUGCUGUCUUCCACCGUUGUUCGUGCGCUUGCACUCUUUAUUGCUGCUGCAAACGCCAGCCCUUGUCGCCCAACAACAACAGCACCAGGAACCAUUACCGAAGUUACUUCAACUGCAACUGUCAUUGAAAGCACCACCGAUAUCUCAUCUACUAUUGUCGAGAGUGCUACGGAGGCUGGGACAACCGAUAUUCCCACUACGACCGUCGUUAUCAUUGAAGAGCCUACUACCACCACUGCUAUCGUCGAGGAACCCACAUCUACUACGGUUGCUGCCGAAGAACCUACGACUACCACGGCUGUCAUUGAGGGAUCUACCACCACCGAAGCCGCAAGCACCACCACCACUGCCGCUGGGACUGGGGCCCCGCAAUGCAGUUCAAGUGACGAAUGUUUUUUCGGUGGCCCUAGCUUUUGUAUGGACGGGUUGUUGAAUGUCUGCGUUUGCCUCAACAACAGGUGUAUCAGAAUGGACCCAUAA